AUGCACAACGCUAAAAGCCUAAGGCGUGGGCCCCCUAUUGGUGGGGGAGUGGUGCCGUUCCUGACAGAUCUGUGCAGCGGUCGCAGGACAAACAGUGUCCUGCAAGCAGAUCCACUUCCCCUCUCCCUCCCCGAGUUCCUAAUGGUUCCUAACGAGUAUCUCUCGCCGAUCGACCGAGCACAAUCUGGCCAGGCGGACCUGGUAAUGAGAGCAGAAUAUGAAAUUGAAGCUCGAAGACCCGCAUCGCUACCAGCGGAUCAGUAUGUGCCUGGGCUUUGCCCAAGUGGCUUUGGUCCGGGGAAGGGCUAA